AUGAACACCUCAUAUAUUAGAACUGGCCCUCGCAUGCACGACAUGAAAAAGACCCAGCGAUCAGAGAAGAAACUUGUUGGCAGCCCAAGAGCGGAAAAUCCAAUCGGCAAUCCAGAAUUACCAGGAGUAACAUCGUCUGGCGGCAAGAACUGGGCUAUGUACAUGGCGACUGAGUUCAAUACCACGCUCACUCUGGCCUACGUAUUUGCACGGUCGGCUUCAGUGGUAGAUGCGGAGGUGAUCCCGCCCAGAAGGCUGAUGACUUUCACCUUUGCGCAUCAGAUCGCUCACUUUAACGAUACUAUAGGCCACCGUCCUGAUCAUGCAGCCUGGACUGGCGAAAACGCAGUUGUCACGAUUUGGUUCGGCAUCAAUGAUUUGUCAAUUGCGCUGGGCAAGCAAGGCCAGGACGAAAAGCCCCGGGCAUCGAUUCGUCGAAUUUUUGAGCUGACUGAAAUUCUUUACGAAAUAGGGCAUUCGAAAUUUUAUUUUCAUUGA